AUGGCGGGUGACGUGCGUCGCAUCGCCUCGUGUGUGCAUACCCCGUGUGCAUGCACCAUGUCACUUAGCGCUUGGCGCACCCCACAGCCCCUCGCAUGUGCCGUCGACCUGGUCACAGAAACGGACAAGCAAUGCGAGGCACUCAUCAUGCAGCACAUCUCAGCCACGUACCCCUCCCACAAGUUUAUAGGCGAGGAGGAGUCAUCGGUGCAUGGCACAGCACGGCUGUCAGACGACCCCACGUGGAUGGUGGACCCCCUCGAUGGCACCACCAACUUCGUGCACCGGUACCCAUUCGUGUGUGUGUCCAUCGGGCUGGCCAUCAGCAAGGCCGUGGUGGUGGGCGUGGUCUUCAACCCCAUCCUCAACGAGAUGUUCACAGCGAUGAGGGGCCAUGGUGCCAUGCUCAACGACGAGCCCAUCCAUGCAUCCUCUCAGACGCACAUGGGGUCAGCGCUGCUCGCCACUGAGAUCGGCACCAAGAGGGAUGUGGGCACGGUGGCAGGGCUCACAGGCCGCAUCACCAACCUGCUCUUCCAGCUGCGGUCGCUGCGGCUGUCGGGGUCGUGUGCUUUGAACCUGGUGGGCGUGGCGUGCGGUCGCCUCGACCUCUUCUACGAGAUCGGCUUUGGGGGGCCACUGGGAUGUAGCAGCGGGGUCGCUGAUAGUGGAGGAGGCGGGCGGCCUCUGCUUCGACCCGAGUGGAGGCCCAUUUGA